ACAAAACGAGCCACAAAACGACGACUGAUGGCAGGCCGGCUAGUUAGUUUGCUCUUCUUCGUUCUUCUGAUAUACCUGGCACGAUUGCUGCAACGUAAUCGCGAGGCGCUAAAAGCCGCGUCGUAAAUUCACAGUGCGGAGCCAACGCGAGUUCUUCGCCCUCUUCGUCUCUUCGUGAUCUUGGACACUCGAAGCAACCAAGAUGUCGAUGAUGAAGAUGAAGCAACAGGGCCUUGUGGCCGAUCUCAUGCCCAACAUAAGGGUCAUGAAGAUGUUCGGGCAUUUCGUAUUCAACUAUUACGACGACAAUUCGUCCAAGUACUUGCAUAAGGUGUUCUGCUGCAUAAACUUGUUUAUGCUGCUGCUGCAAUUCGGCCUGUGCGCGGUGAAUCUGAUCAUCGAGAGCGCCGACGUCGACGAUCUCACGGCGAACACGAUCACCCUUCUCUUCUUCACGCACAGCAUCGUCAAGGUCGUCUACUUCGCCAUCAGGAGCAAAUACUUUUACAGAACGUGGGCGAUAUGGAACAAUCCAAAUUCCCAUCCGCUCUUCGCCGAGAGCAAUGCGAGAUACCACGCGAUCGCCCUGAAAAAGAUGAGGCUGCUGCUCUUCUUGGUCGGCGGCACCACCGUGCUCGCCGCGUUAGCUUGGACCACUCUCACUUUCUUCGAACAUCCGGUCAGAAAAAUUGUGGAUCCAAUCACGAACGAGACGGAAGUUAUUCAGUUACCGCAACUGUUGGUCCGAUCGUUCUAUCCAUUCGACGCCAGCAAAGGAGUGACGCACGUUUUGGUACUCAUAUACCAAUUCUACUGGGUGCUCUUCAUGCUUAUCAACGCCAAUUCGUUGGAUGUCCUCUUCUGCUCGUGGUUGCUGUUUGCCUGCGAACAACUGCAGCACCUGAAACAGAUCAUGAAGCCUCUCAUGGAGCUCAGCGCGACUUUAGACACGGUGGUUCCAAACAGCAGUGAACUCUUCAAGGCUGGUAGCGCGGAUCAUCUUCGUGAAUCGGAGAACAAUCAGCCGCCACCGCCGCCACCUCAAAACGACAACAUGCUGGAUCUCGAUCUUCGUAACAUAUACAGCAAUCGGCAGGACUUCACGGCAACCUUCCGGCCGACCGCCGGCAUGACUUUCAACGGUGGCGUAGGACCGAACGGAUUGACCAAGAAGCAAGAGAUGCUCGUAAGAAGCGCCAUCAAGUACUGGGUGGAGAGACACAAGCACAUUGUCAGAUUGGUCACCGCGGUCGGCGACGCGUACGGUUUCGCGCUUCUACUCCACAUGUUGACGACGACCAUCACUCUGACGCUGCUCGCCUACCAAGCGACGAAGGUGAACGGUAUAAACGUGUAUGCAGCCUCGACGAUCGGUUACGUGCUCUACACGUUCGGCCAAGUCUUUCUGUUCUGCAUAUUUGGAAAUCGUCUGAUUGAAGAGAGCACCUCGGUGAUGGAGGCGGCUUAUUCUUGCCACUGGUACGAUGGAUCGGAGGAAGCUAAAACGUUCGUGCAGAUUGUGUGUCAGCAGUGUCAGAAAGCUAUGUCAAUAUCGGGAGCGAAAUUCUUCACGGUGUCCUUAGAUCUCUUCGCUUCGGUACUGGGAGCCGUGGUGACUUACUUCAUGGUGUUGGUGCAACUGAAAUGAAUGUUCAGCUUCGUGCGUUCCAGAUACGAAUGCAGUCUAUCGCGUUGCACACAGCUGUGCAAGAUUAUAUUUUUUAACGUAUUUACAAACGGGGACCAAAUGGAGCAUUCGUGUCGUGAAGAUUCUCGCAGGGAGAAUCCGUCUUUGCGGACGCAUAGCAAAAUAUUGGGGGGGCUGAGAAAUGGAAAAUCAGAACCUGGUGGAAAUGUCGUGCGUUUUUUAUUUUGUUUUUUUUUUUUUAGCAAUUUUAUCACAUCGGUCUAGUAUAAUCGAGAAGGGAAACUAAUACUUAGGAUGCGAAUCAAGAUGUGACGCUUUCCAUGUAGUUACUGCGCAAAAUCCAAAUCUGAAUUUACUGAAGAAGAAUAGGACAAAUGGACUAUUCGACUUACUAAGCCUAAAAAUAGCCUGUCUAUUAACUAUUCUAGACAAUAUUCUAGACAAUAAUUGAGCAGGCGUCUAUUUUUAUCAGGGAAACUGGUAUCCGUCCCUCUAUCGUGUCGAGAAGACGAUACAACCGUAAUCAAAGGUUCAACGUGACUCCCCAAGGAUUAAAAGCACGAAACAACGGUAGUCAAUGCCGGCGACCAAUUGUGAUGCAAUCGACAGGUACAAAACUAUAACGGGCGAAAACGUCUGAUCUCGUAAACGAUUCCGAAUGAACUUAUGCCACGCGGCGAAAAUAGGCGCGAUAGGCAAUUUACUCGUUUCGUGCAUCUCGCCUGUAACGCGAAAAUGAUCACAGCGCUCCUAGCAAUUAACAGUUCACUCCAUUGAAGUGACAUUUAAUCAAGAGGCGCGGUCGCGUCUCGGCACUCUCGGCGCCAGGUCAACGCGUCAGCGAGAGACCGCGUCUCUCUCGCGGGUCAACGACUUCCAAGCACACGAGAUUAUCAGAUCUCAAUAACGGCUGAAUCGAUCAAGUUCUGAGUAGUCUCAAACGAUAGCUUGGAUAAAAUUGCAUAAUAAAAGUGUUCUUAUUUUCUUCUCUCCGUGCCCUACGAGCGGAGAUAUCGCGACGCAGAGUGCAAGUCUCGGAAAUUUUAUGUAACGCACUUUACAUGGAAUUAUCAAUCGAUGCUCAAAUCACUUCGGUUGAUCGAGUGAAAUAGCCCACUCAUUACAUAAGAGUGGACCGAAUAACUACAAAAGAGUGAAAACUCAGUCUUAAAGCGGUGACUUUGUCCCUCACUCUGGUUUGGAGUGAAAUUUUUACCGACAAAAGUUUAGAAUGCCGGUAUCUUCGUCCCUCUCUAUCUUGUCAUGGAAACGAUACGAUCAUAAUCAAAGGUUCAAUGUGACUUCUCCAAGAAUUCACAGCACGGAGGAACGGUAGUCGUGCCGGCGGCCGAUGAUGCAAUCGACAGGCACGAAAAUAUAAUGGACGUAAACGUCCAAUCUCGUAGACGAUUCCGAAUGAACUUAUAUCACGCGGCUAAAAAUAGCCGCGAUAGGCAAUUUACAUUUAAGAGUGGACGAAAGAACUCCAAAAGAGUAAAAAUUCAUUCUUAAAGCGGUGACUUCGUCCCUCUCACUCUUCUUGCUCGAAGUGAAAUUUUUCCUGGCUAAAAGUGCACUUUAGCCACUGAGCUCUAUCAAGUUCUCGUUCAUUUCCUACGCAGUUACAACUAAUAAAUACUGUUAUUGUUACAAUAAUACAUAUUACAGUACAACUACAAUAAUAUUAGACAGUAACUAGAUGGAAAACUGCGUACAUUUCUACCAGGGAAGCAACAUAUCAGGAUGAAAUUUGAGCGAUAAAAAUGAUAGAAAUUAUUUUUACUUCAGAGAUAUCAAUAAGCGAUAAGGAUAAAUAUAAUCCUUUCUUUUUUUUAUUAUUAUUAUUUCGGAUUAACGAGCGGUGAGAGAAACGAGCACUUUCCUACGUUAAAAUGUAAAUUUUAGUACGUAGCUCUCUGUAUAAUUUUUCUCUCCACAUUUUUAUUGUGCAUAUAGUGACAGCAAGGGAUAAUGGCAAUGUAAGCACUCGUCGCGAUUAAUUUUUGUGCACGUUAAUUGUAAGUCGUAACGCUUAACGGGGAAGAUAUACGCUAAUGUCGUUCGAGGUAAUGUCAUACUACGGCGGCUUGUAUCAAUUGUUGUAUCGAUCGAUAAUGAAACGUACAUUAACGAACAGAGAAUUGUGGGAGAACUCAUAACAUUUUCUGGGAAGUUACAUUGAAAAAAAGAAAACGAUUGGUAAUAAUAAAGUCUAGAUGAUAGUUAUUAAGCUUGGCGAAAUAAUUUCAAUUAAAUGUUCAGUUAAUACAACGAAAUAUUUAGUAAUAUUUAGUGACCGUUUGUUAAUCGUUUAGUAACCUAUUGAUUACUAUUAUUGUUUGUUUAUUAUUAAUAUAAGUACUAGGUAUUACUAAAUAUCAGUUACAUUAAUCGAACAUUUAAUUGAAAUUAUUUCAUCACAGCUUACUUAUUAUUACCAAAAAUUUUUUUCAGCGUGUACGUAUUUUUGUAUGUCAGAUAUGUCGCUUUAUUACAAUGAUUACGAUAAUCUUAUUUAGAGUUGGUUGGCAAUUAUUCGCUAUUAUUAUGCUUUCGAGCAGCUUGUAUUUUAAAAGCUACAUGUAGAACGGAGGGAUUAAAUAGGCGCGUGUACAUUGACGAAGCGUCCGAAUAACGUGUAAAUAUAAGAUAUUAAUUGUAUAAGAGGUGAUUACAAUUUUUAGUGGAACACUAACGCUGAAUCGUAACGUUGAAUUAUAAUAGUAGCUUUGUCGUUGUAUGCAACAAGCAACAGUUUACGGCGUUACCACAAAUGCACGCUAAUUUUUUGAUUAAUUACGUUUCUUACGUUCUAUUAAGAAUUAGAUUGUUCAAAGAUUCUCCCAUCUAGAUGCAUUUUAAUUUUAUUUCACGGAUCUUUUGCAAUCUUUAAUCCGAUCUCUUUCUCUCUCUCUCUCUCUCUCUCUCUCUCUCUCUCUCUCUCUCUCUUCUGGUAUUAAUUAAUGAUAAAAUUACGGUUUCAUGCUUUUCAGCGUAGAAAAUGCGUUUUGACACAUAAUACAAUUUAUUAAUCUCCCUUUAUUAUCACUUAACCCUAGUAGGGAUAAACAGCUUUGCUAUUUAUCUAUCGGAUAAUUAAUAGCUGCCCGAUAGCCUAAUAGCUCUUUGCUAUAUUUAUCUAUCAGAGAAUUAAAAUUCGUUACUCGACGAUUAGCAGAUAAAUCAGAUUGUGAAAAAUUUUGUCGCCACGUUGGAAAGUGUUAGCGCCUUGCUUCUCGAUGAGAAAAAUAGCGACGCAUUUGACAUGGUACGUCAAUUACUGUAUGGUACAAUAUUAUCGAACGGUACUGGGAUCUAAUAAAUAUAGAGAGUAAGAUAUAUGUAUAUACAUAUACAUAUAUAUAUUUUCAUUAUACGUAACCACGUGAGCGUGGACGGAUGUGUACCUAAUGUACCUCGUUUUUUAUAUUUCGUAACAUCUCUCGGUGUCUUUAGUAAGAUAAUAUUUUGUCACCUAAAAGGUCCAAGAAGAGAUUUUGCACCGUCAUUUUGAUCGUUAUAAUAUAAAUAUAUAUCGCUCAUCGACGCGGAUAUCGUUUUGUGAAAUGACGCGAGAUAUUUUUAAUUCUUUCGUCGAGAAAGCGAGAAUUAUUGCUUCGGAGAAGGGUGUAGACUGUUGUGAGGCGGAAAUGAACGUUUAUUAAACGGAUACGAGAGAGUGCCUGACGAUAUCCAAGCUCGAUCUACUUUAAUAUUAACGUAUAAUUAACGUAUGUGUACAUUACUAUGAUCAAGUAUUAAUCGAUGAGGUCACAGUAUUAUCAAAUAGUUUUUCUCUAUAUGUAAAGCUGUACUAUAUUUAUUUAAUAAAAAUCUUGAUAUAAACGUUCAUAUAAA